CUCCCUUCUAUUCUUAGUGGCACUUCAAGCCGAGUGAACAGAGCCUGCAAGUGGCUGUGUUAAAAGUUUGGAAAAAAUGGCUCACAAUGUAUCCCUCGCUGGACCAGGCCCGUGGGGAUUCCGGCUGCAAGGAGGAAAGGACUUUAACAUGCCCUUGACCAUCUCCAGAGUAACUCCUGGCAGCAAAGCAGCACAAUCCAAUGUAAAUCAGGGAGACUUGGUGGUGGCCAUCGAUGGAGUAAGCACAGAUGGCAUGACUCAUUUAGAAGCACAGAACAAGAUCAAGUCAGCCAGCUACAACCUGAGUCUCACCGUACAAAAAUCUAAACGUCUAGGUCCAUUUCCAACAUCCACACCACGAAUGGAGUCACCAUUGCCAGUGAUCCCACAUCAGAAGAUCAUAGCCAACACUGUUGCCAACUCUGAGUUCGUACCCCAGUUCAACCCCAACGUGCUUAAGGAUUCAGCUCUCUCCACCCACAAGCCCAUUGAGGUCAAAGGUCCUGGAGGCAAAGCCACAAUCAUUCACGCCCAGUAUAACACCCCAAUCAGCAUGUAUUCCCAGGAUGCCAUUAUGGAUGCUAUUGCCGGCCAGGCACAGGCCAGAGGCAGUGAUCUCUCAGGUAACCUCCCAGUUAAAGAUCCUCUUGUAGACAUUGCUUCUCCAGUGUAUCAGGCUGUUCUUAAAAAUCAGGUCAAAAACGAAAAUGAGAUUGACGAUUGGGCACUUCGUGCUGCCAACCUGCAGUCCAAGUCAUUCCGUGUCCUUGCACAGAUUACAGGAACAGAAUACAUGCAAGACCCUGAUGAAGAUGCACUGAGAAGAUCAAGUGCAUCAAGCCAGAGCUUUUCUCCAGCAACUCCUGCCAAAGGUCCUGCGCCUUAUGGAGGGUACAAUGAGCCCUCUCCUCCUGCUCCAAAACCACGGGUAGUGACAACUGCAAGCAUCAAACCAUCAGUUUAUCAACCAGCUCCAGGUCCUGCUCCAAGUUAUACUCCAUCUCCAGCAGGUGGUUACCCAGCACCUACCCAAGAGCCAGCAAACCGUCCACCAUGGGUGACUGAUGACAGUUUCUCUCAAAAAUUUGCACCGGGCAAAUCUACAACUUCUAUUACUAAGCACAUCCUGCCCAAAGCAGCACCACCACCCCCAGCUCCAAUCACCACCACCAGCUAUACACCUCAGCCUGUGAGCCACCCCCCUUCACAAGCCCCUCGGGGCCUGAUUCAGCGUGCUGAGAGAUUCCCAGCAAGCAGCAGGACCGCUCUGUGUGCGCACUGCAACAGUAUCAUUAGAGGACCUUUCUUAGUGGCAAUGGGUCGGUCAUGGCAUCCAGAGGAAUUUAACUGUGCCCACUGUAAGACAUCCCUGGCUGAUGUGAGUUUUGUUGAGGAGCAGAAGGGCGUUUACUGUGAACGGUGCUAUGAGCAGUUCUUUGCCCCAACUUGUGCUCGCUGCAAGACUAAGAUCAUGGGGGAAGUGAUGCAUGCUCUAAGACAGACCUGGCACACUACCUGCUUUGUCUGUGCUGCCUGCCGGAAGCCAUUCGGUAAUAGUCUUUUCCAUAUGGAGGAUGGAGAACCAUACUGUGAAAAAGAUUAUGUCGCUUUGUUCAGUACAAAAUGCCAUGGAUGUGAUUUCCCUGUUGAAGCUGGAGACAAGUUUAUUGAGGCCCUCGGCCACACCUGGCAUGAUAGUUGUUUCAUCUGUGCUGUUUGCCAUGUGAAUCUGGAGGGCCAACCCUUUUACUCUAAGAAGGACAAGCCUCUUUGCAAGAAGCAUGCUCAUGCCAUCAACGUGUAA